GCCCUGCGACAGGAGGAGGAACGACGUCUUGAGAAAUUACGGGCUACCGGUGCCUCCUCGGAGAGUGAAGACGAGGCGGCCGCAGAUCACUCUGACCUCGAUCAGGAUGGGGAGGCGAAAGUAACUAAUCAGCACUGGGCAAGCGGAGCGGCUGGUAUUGAGGCUGCCCGUCGGGCGUACGCCGAGGCCUCCAGGCAGCGAAAGAAGCGGAAUGCCGCAGAAGAGGCGGAAGAAGAUGCAACCAAGCUUGACUCUUCAGAGGAUGAGGAGGAUGAAGUACGCGGAAACCUACAGUUUGAGCAGCCAAUCAAGCGAAAACGUGAGGCGGCCGCCCAACAACGUAAGAAGAUUAAAAAGAAAGAAUCGCGCGUCAAAAAGGACGUUGUCGGCUAG